AUGCUUCAACAGAAAAAUCCCGGGACGUUGACAGAUUUUGUCACUGAGGAAGAUCGAUUCAAAUGUUACUUUUUCUCACUCGGAGUUAGUAGAAGAGGGUUUCGUACAUGUCUUCCUGUGUUAUGUGUGGACGGUACAUUUUUAAAGACAAAAUACGGUGGGCAGAUGUUAUGUGCAGUCGCACUGGAUGCAAAUAACCAUCUAUAUCCAGUUGCAUUUGGUAUUGUGGAUAGUGAGAAUCAUGAUUCUUGGAAGUAUUUCAUGUCAAAGCUAAAGGAAUCGAUUGGGGAAGUCGAGGACCUGGCGUUUGUAUCUGACAGGCAUGCAAGUAUUACACAUGCCUUGGAAACUAUUUUCCCCGAUGCCUAUCACGGUGCUUGCUACCACCACAUUAGUAUGAAUGUGGUUGCUAAAUUCAAGACUGAUCAUUGUCAUGUGUUGAUGUAUAAUGCGGCAUAUGCUUUUAGGAAAUCCGAGUUCCACGCUAACUUCGAAAAAAUCAAAUCAAAAGACCCAGCCAUUGCUCAAUACCUAGAAGGCAUGGGUUUUGAUAUGUGGUCCCGUGCUUACUUUCCUGGAAAUAGUUUCAACAAUAAGACUCGGGAUGCUAGGAGCUUUCCGAUAACUACAUUCGUCGAAUUUAUUCACUUCACACUACAAUCCUGGUUCUGGAGGCAUGAGUUCCAUGUGUUAGAUGGUGAGCUGAAUGGUGAAGUCGACCUCCUGAAUAAGACAUGCACAUGCGGCGUGUUUCAGAUUAUUGGUAUCCCAUGUGCUCAUGCACUAUCUGGAUCCCUUAAGCGAGGGGUGAACUUUUAUUCGCUGUGUUCAGAUUACUAUAAAAUUGAGACAUGGAGGUCCUCUUACACAGAAUCUAUAUAUCCUACUGGUAACAAGGAAGAGUGGAUUGUUCCACAUGACAUUAUGACAAUAACAGUGAGAACACCUGUGCAGAAAAACCCGGUUGGUCAUCCAAAGAAGAAACAAGGUAGGCCUAAGACGAAACACCAUCCUUCCAAUGGAGAUAAAUUGGUUGUUCCACGCAAAUGCAGCACUUGUGGAGGUCUAGGCCAUAAUAGGGCAACUUGUAAAGUUUGUGUUUGA